ACUUCUAAACGAACCCUAGCACACCACAACAAUUCUAUGCCAUCUCUCUCUAUUGUCUGAUUAUACACAUACACACAAACAUGAUACAUAUUAGAUUUUCUUUGAAAAAUCUUAUCAAAACCCCCAUAGAAAUCAUAUCAGGGAAGCAUAACAUUUGCAACAUGGAACUACUUGCUCAAUUUUCAUCAUCCCACAGGCAAGUAAAACCCUCAAACCAAACAUCUUCCCUCCUCUCUUCUCUCCGUCAAGAUCAGACGACCGGAGUCGGGUCCGACCGGUGCUCCGGUGUCUCUUUGUCCCCGACAAGCAGCUCCGACACCCCCUUCGCUCCCCCUCUGUUUCACCGUAGAUCGACAACAGUAGCAGCGCCGCCAGGCGGGGGCGACGGUCACGAUGAUGACGAUGGUGGUGCUCGAUCGCUGACAGUGGCGGGACCUGUGGGGGUGUCGACAAAACGCCGACACGGUGGCAGUGGUGGUAGAUAUUCAUGGUCAGAAGGUUCGGGCCAGAUUCAUGUUCAGAUCCAGUUUGGUUCGAUUUUUAGUAUCGGCUCGGGUUUUGGUUCAGUCUAAUAUGUCAUAAACAGCCAACGGCUCAGAAUCGGGGUUUCGGGUCUAACCCGGUUGACUCGCUCAACACCUGAGUCAACUCGGGUCAAUGGACGGUCAACGCGGUCAAAGACGGUCAAACGAAGAUCUGGUAAAGUUUUCACAACGGGAAAUGUCGAUAAUUAGUUGUAGAUUUUAGAUUUUUAGUUAGUUUACGCGAUCGAGCUCGACCCGAUUCAACUAGAUACUAGCUUACGUUUUGGUAUAUUUAACGAGAAAUUUUUAUAUAUGGUGUUUAUUGGUUGAA